GCCGGGCAAGUUUGUUUCGGAGUUUGCGGCCCCGGAGUCCCCCAGGCGCGCAGGUGCCCCGCGGCGGCCGGGAUGGAGCUGCCGGCCGUGAACCUGAAGGCGAUCCUCCUGGUUCACUGGCUGCUGACGACCUGGGGCUGCAUGGUGUUCUCGGGCCCCUAUGCCUGGGCCAACUUCACCGUCCUGGCCUUGGGCGUGUGGGCCAUCGCUCAGCGGGACUCUGUCGACGCCAUCAGCAUGUUUCUGGGUGGCUUGGCGACCACCAUCUUCCUGGACAUCGUCCACAUCAGCAUCUUCUACCCACGGUCCAGCCUCUCGGACACCGGGCGCUUCAGCGCCGGCAUGGCCAUCCUCAGCCUGCUGCUCAAGCCCUUCUCCUGCUGCCUCGUCUACCACAUGUACCGGGAGCGCGGGGGUGAGCUCCCGUUCCGCACCGGUUUCCUCGGACCCUCCCAGGAGCACAGUGCCUACCAGAGGAUUGAUUCUCCGGAGGCUCCCGCAGACCCCUUUGCAGGACUGGAGGGCAAGGAUCAUCGUGCCCCCCAAGGGUACUGAAGCUGCCCUGCUUCCUGGCUCCAGCCCAGGGGCCACAUUGACGAACUGUGGAGGAGGCCCCAGCCACUUGUGUGCCUUGGACAUGAUUGUAGGGGUGCUCCUGACCCCCCUUUCUCGAACCUAACACAGAAUGUGUCCACCACGCCCCAUCUCAGGCUUGCCUCAUUCGAGCCCCAUCACACUCCUGUCCAAAGCUCCCCGAGGCCUGUCUGCCUUCCUGGGUAUCCUGCUGGAACUGGGCUGGGAACCAGAGUCCCUUUCCUCCCCUCCACCCUUAGCUGCUCUGUGCAGGCCCUGGCUGAGUCACACCUGAGCCCAGCAGGGUGCGGCCCCUCAGGGCCAGUAAUGGCCUCGCCAGCCAGACCCUCCAAGAACUUUGGGUCUUGGCCCCAGGAGUGAAGUCCCCAGGCUUCCUGGGAAGCCCCGGGCUGGAGGCAGGCAGUAGAGACAGCACCUGAGACCCACCAGGCCUCCCGCUGCCCUUCUGAGCCCUGCAUUAAAGUUGGGGAUUCUGUGUAGGGCUGUGUUUGGAGCCAUGAAUC